CUGAAACGGGACGAGACGAGAUCGCGCCUUUGAGCUUUAAGCUUGCUUGCUUGCUUGUUUGAGCAUUGAUUGAUGCCUGAAGCAUCAGUUCUUUUUUUUUUCCAUUUCUUAUUUCUUUUUCCCAACCGGACUGGCCAUGCGCGAGAGCGCGCGCCCGCGCCCGCGGCAACCGAAAAAACCAAAAUCAAAAAGCGAAUCGCAUUGCAUUGUGGGGAAACAAACGGGCAAACAAACGGAAGUCAAUUCAAGUCAAGCCAAGGACGGACGGACAGACAUGUGCUGUGCUGUAUGUACGUACGUGCAAGGACAAGCCCUGCCUGCUUGCCUGCUUUCCUCGACCUCGACCUUGAGCUUGAGCAGCCCCCUGGGCCCCGGAGGAAAGCGAACAUCAUAGGUACAUAGCCUGCCCGCCCGCCCAAUCCGUCUCGGGUGUAGUGUAUAUAACCGCUUCGGGGCGGGCGUUUCACGUUUGCUUCCGAGAAGAGAAGCGGGGCUGCGGGGAGGGAAUCGUGGACAGCGGAAUCGUGGGAUCGUGGGAUCGUGGAAAUCGUGGAAAAGGCGCCGUUCCCUACACGCGCUGUAACUGCGGACAAUACUACUAUGGAGUACUCCUCCGUAUUCUGCCGGCCGGUCGGCCGGCUGCCAGCAAGUACAUAAGUUGCAACCAAAGGGCUGAUGUAGAGUUAGAGUAGUUGCCGUCCGGAUAUCAUACGUAAGCCACAACUCGGUACAUCAGACAAACCAGACUCAGGACCAGUGGGCGG